GUUUUGUUCAAGCUGACUAAAGUCAGGAUMUGUGAAGGAAAGCACAAAGGGAUCGUGACUGAGAGGAUCUGAAUCAGUUAAACCUCAUCACUGGGAACAUUUAUUUAUGAGAUGUAUGUAGAUCCAAACAAAACCAACAUCUACUGAAAGGGCAUCCUGAAGUGUGGAGACAUUUUCUCUGAGAGAAUAAAACUCGACUAGAAAUACAUGCUGUAAAUGGUCUGACGUGGGAACGAGCAUAGAAAUCUAUACUUUUGAACAAGAUUUAAUACCAAAGUAAUUGUUUCUUUUGGCAUCUAAACAUCCUGGCUGUUCUUUUUCUCUCUUUGGGGUUUGACUUGCAGCUGAUGAGGAAGACAGAAUCUGGCAGAAGUUGAGARCAACAUCACUUCCUGUCUAAUUCAGAUGAUUUCCCUGAUUCUGUACCUGCGUGUUGUUGCACACGUACCGUAGCUCUGUAAACAAGAUCAUCAACUUGUAAAUGGAUUAUAGCAAUGACUGCCUGACCUAAUUUUCUGUCAGGCUACAGGUCCAAAAGUCACAUUCAUUGAGGUUAAGUUCUUAGUUACAGGUGUGGCUUUACAGACUGUUGUCUGAAUUGUUCCUUUAUGGARUUGUUGGUCUAAUUUGAAGAGCAGUUUGUUUUUAGUGUUAAGAAUUACCUUUUUAGGUGGARAUUACUUAGGUUUUUAUAACUGACAAACUGCUGCCAGAAUAAGAGAAACUGAUCAUGAAAUCUGGAUGUACAUUUUAAACAAACCUUGGACUAAUCCCAGCUGAGUAUCCUCUCUGAACUGGACCCCAAACUAAAUACAUCUCGCUGUCCAGUAGCUGACAGCGUGUUGAGUUGUGGAGACUUUGGAGCAUGUCUGAUGCAGAAGGAGAGCAUCCUCCCUCAGUCAGACAAUYUUGCUGACUUCUGAUUACUUCAAUUUGAAAAAUGUUCUGUGAUUUCAAAACUUUAGCUCCCGUUUGUAAUUCCAGAGUCCAGUAGGGCUGCARGGUGUAGAUUCAGCCUCCAGAUCAAUAUAAAAACCCUGAGACAUUUGGUUAUGCACAAGUGGAUGUACGUGUGUUGCAUGUAUCUAUCUGCUUGAUUGUGUAAUGACACAAUGUAGACUCUGUUCAACUUGUUGAAUAUUGUUUAAACUGAAUGGUACAACCUCUGGGUGGGACAUUCGCAUACACUGGUGGGUUUGUGSCUUAUUAGAGGCACAAAAUAAGGAAAAGUUUUAUGCGACGAAAUUACAGUUUGCAUGACCUGGUUGAUUUGCUUCAUAAGGGUAAGAUCCACAUUGGUUCAGCCUGAUGUUUAUUGCCCAACCCUUUAGAAGGCAAAACAAUAAUGGAAGAGCUCAAAGUCUGACUGAAUGACUCACAUGUUUGGAUUAAAGUUCAAACUAAUUAAACCUCUAAGACAUAGAAACUCACACAGUCGUUACUGAGAGGCAAAAUGGCUCAGAGAGAAGCACAGCUGCAGAAGAUCACCUGUUCCAUCUGUUUGGAUCUACUGAAGGAUCCAGUGACUAUUCCCUGUGGACACAGCUACUGUAUGAACUGUAUUAGACGAUACUGGGAUGGAGAUCAGAGGAGAAUCUACAGCUGCCCUCAGUGUAGAGAGGCCUUCAGAAGAAGACCUGCAUUGAGAAAAAGUACAAUUUUAGCAGAGUUGGUGGAGGAUYUGAAGAAGAUUGGACUAAAAGUUGCUGCAGCUGAUCACCGCUAUGCUGGACCUGAAGAUGUGGCCUGUGAUGUCUGUACUGGGAGGAAGAGGAAAGCUGUCAAAUCAUGUCUGGUUUGCUUUGUUAAUUACUGUGAGAAACAUAUUCAGCUUCAUUAUGAAUCUCCAGCUUUGGCAAAGCACAAGUUGGUGGAUMCCUCCAAGAAGUUCCAACGAAACAUCUGCUCUCGUCAUAAUGAGGUGAUGAAGAUCUUCUGUCGUACUGAUCAGAAGCGCAUUUGUUCCCUCUGCAAUAUGGAGGAACAUAAAGGCCAUGAAACAGUCCCAGCUGCAGCAGAAAGGGCUGAGAAGCAGAAGAAGCUCCAGGUGAGUCAACAACAAAUC